UUUACAUUCGAGUUCUAGCCAGCAGCGGAGGUCUAACCAACGAGAGGGAAAGUAAGCGACAACCCACACACCGCCACCAGCAGACUACACCAUAAGAAGUGUAUGAAAAAUCAUACGGUUGGACAGUAACGGUGUGGCAAGCGUACGGAACGGUCAGAAGAAGACCCUCUUGCGGGCAGACAAUGAUGGACAGUAUCCAGACGGGUGUGGUCAAAUGUGGCGGCUAUCGGUAUGACGAUGGGACACGCUACAUUGGCGAUUGGAACCAGCGGGGCCAAAAGCACGGCAUGGGUUCAAUGAUGUUCUCCGACGGUACCCGGUACGAUGGUGCCUUCAGCAACGGUGUCUGUUCCGGGCUCGGCGUAAUGUGCUUUCCAGAUGGUGCCAAGUACGAGGGUGAAUUCAUGCAGGGCUGGUUCCACGGGCACGGUGUGUUCUGGCGGGCGGACGGUAUGAAGUACGAGGGUGAGUUCCGUGGCGGACGCAUCUGGGGUCUGGGACUGAUUACGUUCAGCGACCAGAGCCACGGAUUCCCGCGCAACGAAGGCUUCUUCCAAGAUUGUCGGUUGGUGCGGAAGAAGCGCUGUCCGGAUGUGAUUAAUCGUGCCCAGAAGGUGGCCCUAAUGGCACGUGCACAGUGCGAUCAGGGUAGUUAAGUGCGGCCGAGGGUUUUGGGGGCCCGAUUUAUUGAAAUCGACAACACACGCUAAGGUUCAUAGGCGAUCGGUUUAGCUGUUGGAUAUGUUCCUUUUGAUGCGCUGCUAUUGGUUCGUUGAAUGUUUGUUCUGUUUUUUGAACAUGUUUUUUUUAACAGUAUGGCUAGUACUUUUGUUGUUGUAAGAUUUAAGAACUUAUAAUUAAGCGUCGACCAAGAAUUAGAGAUAGUGUUGAUACCGUGAUCGUAUUCAUCCAAUAAAUUUAAACUACC